CUUGGAGCGUGGGUAGCGGCGGUGCGGGGGCUCGCCCGGCCUCGGUGACUGUCACGCCUUCCGAUCGCAGGCUCCGUGGCGGGGACGCGGGAGGCGCCGGACACGGAGUAUGGUCAAGAUACAGAACUCUGCACUCCAGCUCCAACACCAUGCUUCCCACCAUGACAACCAUGAACUAAACCUUUGAAACUGAGCCAGUGACCUUUGAGGAUGUGGCCGUGAACUUCACUCUAGGAGAGUGGGCUUUGUUGGAUUCCAGUCAAAAGCAGCUCUACAGAGAUGUGAUGACAGAAACCUUUAUGAACCUGAUCGCCAUAGGGAGAACAGAGGAAAAAGAAAACAUUGAAGACAACCACCAAAAUCUUAGGAAAAAUGUGAGAAUUCAGGUCGUUGAGAGGAAUUGUGACUAUGGAGAUGGUAUUCAGUGUGGAGAAACCCAGAAGUGGAUUGCAGAGCAUAUUGUUCAUAGAGACAUGUGUCCUGCAGUGACAGUAUGUGAAAACAGUGUGCUUGCAAGAGACAUCCCUGUUCGUUCACCCUCGAAUGUGCAGUGUGAGACCACAGAGAAAACAUGUGGGUCUCAGGAACAUGUGGAGAAAGCAUUUAUACAUGAGAAAUGUUGGAAAGGUUCCACUUAUUCUGAGUCCAUUCAGACAAAUCAAAGUCCUCCUAGAGAGACACCCUACCGAAGUAAGCAGUCUAAUGAAGCCUACGGGAGUGGUAAUUCUGAUCAGUAUUGUGAGAGAAUGCACGCUGGAGAUAAGCUCCAUGAAUGGAAGCAAGUUGAGAAAGCCUUCUGGAGACCCAGUUAUGGUCAGAUAUAUGAGAGGAUCACCAUUGGAGAGAAACCGUUUCUGUGUAAGCAGUACGGUGAAGCAUUGCUCACUUCUAGUCAUAUUAUUAAGCAUGAAAUAAUUCUCCCGGAAGAGAAAUGUUACACAUGUAAGCAGUGUGGAAAAGCGUUCAGAUAUUCCUCAUCACUCCAGAACCAUGAAAGAAUUCAUAGUGGGGAGAGGCCCUAUGUAUGUAAGCAGUGUGGAAAAGCCUUCAUUCGUUCCUAUGAUCUUCUCAUCCAUGAAAGAAUUCACAGUGGAGAAAAGCCUUACACAUGUGAGCAUUGUGGGAAAUCUUUCACCCAUUAUAGCGGCUGGUACAGUCAUGAAAGGAUUCACACUAGAGAGAAACCCUAUGUUUGUACACAGUGUGGGAAGGCAUUUUCAUGUUCCACGUCGUUUCGGAGACACGAGAGGAUUCACACUGGAGAGAAGCCUUACCUAUGUAAGCACUGUGGUAAGGCCUUCACCCACUCUAGUGCUCGUUACAUUCACGAGAGAACUCACACUGGAGAGAAGCCCUACGUAUGUAAGCACUGUGGGAAGGCUUUCCUCCGGGCCAGCCAUCUUAACAACCACGAGAGAAUUCACACUGGAGAGAAACCCUAUGUUUGUAAGCACUGUGGGAAAGCCUUCAUCCAACGGGAUGCAUGUUAUAAUCAUGAGAGGAUUCACACUGGAGAGAAACCAUACGUCUGCAAGGAAUGUGGGAAAGCAUUUAGGAUUUCCACAUCCCUUCGUGACCAUGAGAGAAUUCACACUGGAGAAAAACCUUAUAUCUGUAAUUACUGUGGGAAAGCAUUUAGAGUUUCCACAUGCCUCCACAAACAUGAAAGAGCUCACACUGAAAAGAAACCCAGUGGGUAGCAUAUGAAACCACGUACAUAAUAUGGAAUUGUCAUUGGUCAACCUGCUGUUAUGUAAAAACUGUGUGCAAGGCCAGUGAGAUGGCUCAGGGGUGAAAGCACGCGCCAAGCUUGAUAGCCUGAGGCGGAGCCUCAGAACCCAUGUGGAGAGAGAACUGAGUCUCCAGAGUUUUCCUCUGGCUUGCACACCUGCCUUCCUUUGCAGCAUCCUCCCACACGUGUAUAAAUAAAUGGAAUAAUUUAAAAUACUUUCUUGUUUUGAGACAGUUUUACUAUGUAGCCUUGGCUAUCCUGCAACUUGCUUUGUAGACCAGGCUGGCUUUGAAGAUCCACCUGCCGCUAUCUCCGGAAUACUGGGAUGAAAGGUGUACGCUGCCACUGCCUGGCUUUCAAAUCCAUUUUUAAUGCUGUCUUUUAUUUGUAAUUCUGUGUAGGUGUGUGGAUGUGUGCAUGUGAGGGUGGGCCAGCAGGGCCUCUGGAAGAACAGUAUCUGUACUCUAAGAUGCGGAGCCAUUGUUCCAGCCCCAUAAAUGUAAUUUUUCUUUAGGCUGGAAAGAAAUAGGUGGAAUAGGAGACCUGAAAAUGUAUAACUUUGCACACAUAUGGAACCUGAAGUUGAGUGGAAACCGGUUCUGCAGCUCAUGAACAUUACAUUGUGUAGGUGUAUGUGCGUGGGCACCCACAUGCCAGCGUGCACACAUAGAAACAAAGUCUGUUCUGUUCUCUACUAUCUCAGUCAAGUUGCCUUCAAAACAAGUCCGUAACCUGCUGAGGAACCUUGCUGCCCUGCUUCGUGCCUUUUACUCACGAGGGUAGUAGAAGCUAGGGAAUUACAAAAUUGAAUACAGUGAAUUUGAACACAGCUGGGAGAGGCAGGAACCCAUUUCAGCCAAAGGAAGAACUCAGCAUUAAGCAUAUAAGCUGUAUGUUGUCUCAAAUAAUGUGAAAGGGAAUUUUCUUCUGUAUGUUGUAAAAGUAAGAAAUUUGAACACUGUUUUCUGGUUUUGUGGAAAUUGAAAACGUCGGCAUGAUUUUGCCUGUCCUCUCUGCUGUUUGGAAAACUGAGGCCACCAAAAUACUGUCUCGAAGAACAAUAGCAACAGCAUAAACUACAUGUGUUGAGGCAACGUCUUUUAAUUUGCUAAAUAGUUUUAGUAUUGAAAUAAGGUCUCGCUGUGUAGACCGAGCUGGCCUUGGUUUCACGCAGACUGCCUCUGCCUCCCAAGAGGGGAUGGAUAUUAAAGGUGUGUGCCGCCAAGCUCAGCCGGUCCAUCUUACUUUAGUGGACAUCUGAAACUGAGAGGUAAUGUUUUCUGUUUGGUGUGAGACUGUGUUUGACUCAUGGAAUUCAAGUGCUUUGUAAGUGCUAGUAGACUUGAACAAUUAUGCUUCAUUUGAAAUUGAAAAUCAGCUGCUUGUUAGUGUUUUCAGUUCUCCUUACGUGGUGGAUUGCUUUUCUUACUAUUCUUAAUUCAUUGGCAGUUUUCUUACAUUUCUGUGUAUGCUUGGAUUUUCUAAUAGUAAAAAUUUUUACAUAGA